AUGGACGACCAGCCCCGUCAGCAAGGUAAGACCGGGAGGUUACCCAGCGCCAGGGCUGUCAGCCGGGCAGUCCAUCAAGGGAACUCUGCGGAGAAGACGGACCGGGAUAUCAGCUCCAUCUUCACAUUCUGGGGUCAGUUCAUGGCACACAUGAUUUCUGACAGAGCCGUCGCUACAGGAUACAACAGUACCAGGGUGGACUGCUGCUCGCAAGAUGUCCCCACACCUCGUUCUGAAUGUUUCAACAUCGACAUUCCGGAAGGGGACCCGUUCAGAAAGGAUGGGCGGACCUGUUUGGGAUUUUUGAGGUCUAUGGAAACAACGACUAUGGGAUGUGUGACCGGUCAAAGGGAGCAGCUGAAUCUCGCAUCUUCCUACAUUGACGGUAGUGCGGUGUACGGGUCAGACAAAGAAAAGGUGGAAUAUCUGAGAAGGCAUCACGGUGGCGAGCUGUGGACGUCUGAACCGAAUGAGCUUCCACAUAAGUCCCAUCCCAAUGCGAUCGCCGAAAAGAUGGGAUUGGCCUUUGCACGAGCAGGUGAUCCUAGAGCACCGGAAGUACCCAUGCUGACAGGAAUCCACACGAUAUGGCUGAGAGAACACAACCGUAUUGCUCGUGAGCUGGCCGUUAUCAACCGGUUCUGGGAUGACGAAAAGCUGUAUCAGGAGUCGAGGAGAAUCGUCGCGGCUUUAAUCCAGCACAUCACCUACAGCGAGUGGUUGCCAGUUCUGCUUGGCCCAGCCAUAGUCAAGGACUACGAUCUUCUCCCACGGGUCUCUGGAUUCUACACAGAGUAUGAUCCCGCAGUGGACGCCUCCACCACUAACGUCGUAUCCACUGCAGCGUUCCGCUUCGGUCAUUCACUCAUCACCGCCUCCUUUCCUUUAUGUAAAAAGGACUUCACACAAGGUAGCUCUCCUGCCUUGAAGCUAGGGGAUAUGUUCUUCCGGUCUAACCAAUACCUGUUGCAUGAACAGGGCCUAAUGAGAGGGCUGUUGACAAAGCCCGCGGCUUCCAUGGAUGCCAUCGUCACCAACGAUCUAACCAACAAACUAUUCAAAACUCAUCAGGGAAACGGUGGUGAUCUGGUAGCGUUCAAUAUCCAGAGAGGCAGAGAUCACGGACUUCCCUCGUACAACUCUUGGAGGACUUUCACUGGUCUGCCCUCGGCGUCUUCCUUUACAGGGGCGAGCGGAUUUGUGGACAUCCCCGAGGACACCGUUCAGGCGCUGGCCAGUGUUUAUGGUCACCCCGAUGACGUGGACAUCUGGACGGGGGGUGUCUCGGAGAGGCCUGUGCCAGGAGGUUUGUUAGGCCCGGUGUUUUCACACCUUCUGGCCCGUCAGUUCAGCCGUUACCGACAGGGGGAUAGGUUUUGGUAUGAGACAUCGGAGGAGCCCCAAGGUUUUACAGCCGCUCAGCUGAAGCAGAUCCGCAUGAUGACCUUUGCCCGUAUUAUGUGCAACAGCUUUGACGUGGACAUGAUCCAGUCACAGGCAUUCCGCAUGGCAUCAACUAAAGGGUAA